GAACAUCAUUUUCGUUCGUAUGUAUUCUUCUUAAUUAGCCUUUAAGAAAUACAAAUUAUUCUGCAGCUCGCUAGCUAGCUUGGCCUUUUUUUUGAAGAAUUAAUCGUGCGUGAAGAUCAUCGAUCGAUGGAAGAAAGUCUUCCUCCUGGGUUCAGGUUCCAUCCCACUGAUGAAGAACUCAUCUCGUAUUAUCUAACUGGAAAGGUUUCUGAUGUUGGUUUCACAUCCAAAGCUGUAGCAGUUGUUGAUCUCAAUAAGUGUGAACCUUGGGACCUCCCAGCCAAGGCCUCCAUGGGAGAAAAAGAAUGGUAUUUUUUCAGCAUGAGAGACAGAAAAUACCCAACUGGACUUCGAACCAACCGAGCCACUGAAGCUGGCUAUUGGAAAACGACAGGGAAGGACAAGGAAAUAUUUCGUGCAGGAUCAGUACUGAUUGGGAUGAAGAAAACCCUAGUUUUCUACAAGGGAAGAGCUCCCAGGGGUGAGAAAAGCAAUUGGGUUAUGCAUGAAUACCGGCUAGAAAGCAAGCAUCCUUUUAGAUCAACAAAGGAAGAAUGGGUGGUUUGUCGUGUUUUCCAAAAGAGUGCAGUGAAAAAACCACAGCAGAUCACGCAAGUAUCCUCGCAGCUGCCAUCUGAUCUUGAGUCUCCAUGUGAAACAAACUCAAAUGUAAAUGAAUUCGGAGACAUUGAGUUACCAAAUCUAAACAGCAAUAUUGCAAAUUCAUCGAACAGAUUCAUCAGUAAUAUAUCACCACAAAGUAGUUAUCACAGUGACAACAACAAUGCUAACAAUAUCAUGAACAUGAACUUGAACAUGAAUUGGGCCGCAGUAAGGGAGGCGGCGGCUACUCUACCAUCACUCUCAUGGCGUCCAGCUUCCAGCCAGCUGCUAACCUCAGCUGCAGGUCUCUCGGUGAAUUCCUUGCUUCUCAAGGCAUUACAGCAGAGAAGCUAUCCACCAAGAGAAGCUGCAAGUACUAAUGAUCAUCACUAUUCGUACAAUAUGCAGCCACAAGGGAUAAUUUCCCACUUGGGAUCAAAUGAUUUGGGUUCUAACUUGCAGGCCUCUUCCUCUAAAGUCUUGGAGUCUGUGCAAAUACAGCAGCAGUCGGAGCAGCCUGCAUUCAAUUUGGAUUCCAUUUGGUGAAGAAACCAAGCUAAAGUACUGUGAGAACUAACUUCUUGUUAAAAAACUCCUGAACAUGCCUGCACAUGAUAUAUAUCUAUAUAUAUAUAUGUAUGUAUGUAUAUUAUCUGAAAUAUCAACCCUAGAACUCUUCAAUUGUACUUGUCAUAAGGAGCCAAGCAGAUGCUCUAUACGGAUAUUAAUGUAUCUUAGUUAAUUUGUUCAGCUGGUUAAUUAUUUAGUCAAAUUUUAAAAUUGGGAAAAUUAAUUAAAUCCCAUCUGUUUAUGCUGUUAAUUGGUCAAGCUCAAUGUCAAAUUAUUGGGCAAAUAUUGUAACUC